AUGCUGUUUGGUGGCUUCGCGGAGUCAAGGCCCGCCGAUGCUGCGUGGAGCGCCAGCCUACCCGAGGACCUUCCCUCAGCCAUGUUCCUUGUCCUGAGCAUUAUCCACGGCUGCUUCGAGCAUGUGCCGACAUCACUGAGUCAAAUCGAACUGUGCCAAACGCUGGUAGCGACGGAGAAAUACGAUAUGACCAAGAUCGUGCGCCCAUGGGCCACUGCCUGGUUUGCGCCUUACAAGAACAUUUCCAAAGUUUCAGGCAACGAGAUACUUCUAUGGAUCUCUUGGGAACUUGGAUAUGCGGACAACUUCUGCUGGCUUGCGAAAGACCUCCUUCUCAGCUCACCUGUCAAUGGCAACGGGCAGCUAAUUGGCCAAGACGGUGUCGUCCUCAGCACGUAUAGCUAUCUCGAACCACCCGAAAUUCUCGGAAGUCACCAGGAGAAGAAAGAGAAUUGUUGA